CAGGCCGAUGAGGUCCACCGCGUGCAGCUGGCCUGGGAGAGCUCGGUGGUGCCAGCCUUCGCGGCGGACUACGAGCGCCAUCCAGAGGAGGGCCUGCGGCGGGUGCAGGUGCAGUUGCAGAGAGCCGUCCGCGAGGCCCUCGAGGCCGCGUUCGACGCCGGGCUGCUGGAGGGCUCCGCAGGCGCCCUGCUGCGGGUGGCCCCGGCGGGCGCCGGGGAGGCGCCGCGGCUGGACGUGCGGGCCCUGGGCGCGCAGGCUCGGCUGCCGCUCCCGAGCAGCGCCGCGGCCGGCGCCGCGCCACCCAGCGCGCCAGCCGCGAGGGCAGACGGCUGGUGGCCGCG